GUUGCGGCACGUCAGGCAUACAUCGGGUGACGUUUAUACAUAGCCCACGUGGCCCUACAGUACAUUUUUUUGUGAUUUUUUAAUAUGGAUAUAGCUUUCAUGUUAUUAGCUGAGGAAUGUUCUUAUAGAUAACGCUUGUAAUCGAUAUCUUACGAUACAGAUUGUAUACAUAUACGACAUAUGUUACAUGUUCACAAGUGCUUCAUCGUGCUUCUAAGUAUAAGUGAAGACAAAAAUAAAUUUUGAAAAAUUGAGAGAUCAAUUUGAAAUCGAACAUUUUUAUUUGCAAGCUACAAGUAAACAGAUUUAAUAUAUGUUGCGGUAUUUCAUCGUGCGCUGACAUAAAGUGAUCAGAAUUAGUUUUCUAAAAUCAGGAGAUAAAUUCGUUCAAUUUCUUGCAAAGAUUCAUUAUAGGAAUAUUUUGCAAAACAUAAAAAAGUUUCGUCUUUUAAUUAUUAUCACGAUGGCUACAAUAAUGAGUUUGCCUAACGAAGUGAUUAUUCUUAUUCUGAUGAAACUCCCUAUCAAGGAUAUCGAGAAUUUUACUGCCACGUGCAAGAGAUUUAGAGAAACAGCGUGGGGCAAUCAACUUUGGAGACGAAAGUUCAAUCACAGGUGGCCUAUUAUGGAGAAAAUUUAUAGCAGUAUGAAAAACGAAGAUCGCGGUCAAAUAAAUUUUAAGAAACAAAUAAAAAUAAACCUAAAAUUUUUGAAAGAAAUAUGGGAAUUAAUAUCUCGUAUAUACAUGGAUGAAACCAGUAAUGAUGAUAAGAGAGACUUGGUUUCAAAGUUUCUUCGCAUAUGCAUGUAUUCAACGAACUAUUAUCUUAUAGUAAAUGAGUUUCUAAGAAUGUUUUCACAACCUGACGGGAUAUCUGGUCAGGAUUUAGCACGAAGACAUUACGGUGUUUUCAUUUAUCGAAUACUGAUCCAUCAACGCAUGAGGUACAAAUAUCUAAAAUUGAGAAAUGGACCAAAAGAACAACAAUUUUUAGAACAAGUGGUUACUAUUAUGGUGCAAUGGUUCAUACCUCAAAAAUAUAUUUCUUACUCACGCAUAAAAGAAACAUUAGAUAACGUUGCAAAAAAAGUGUUACACAGUUUUUACGAAGACUGUCCCACACAUUGUAUAUUCGCGGUGAAGACUGUGUGUAGUUUAUAUUGGAAAGAGAAUAAUAUCAAUCAUAGUUAUUUGAUGUACGAACAAAUAUUGCCAAUUUUAGGUGCAAUCGAAAAAAUUAUAUUCUCUGAAAAAUAUUUCUCUAAAUUAAAUAAACUAUGGUUAACUGAAUAUAGUUUUGAACAUGACCAACAUGUUGAAGCCGGGAUCCAAAGUAUGUUACUACUAACAAUAUAUCAUAGUCUAAUGCGCAGAUUCGGCAUAUACUCUUACAUAAUGUCCGAGAGAGAGCUCCAUAUAUUUUUAAAGCCAAAAGUAAAUAAUAAUACAGUAAAGCACGAGUAUUUUAGUUUGGUACUGGAACAAGGCCAAUUUACUUUGAAUAACAUGAUAAGGACGGAUAAUCGUCAAAUUUAUGAAAAACAUUAUUUACUGACAAUAAGAAAAUUAUGUACUUGUUUAAAUCAGCAGUUACGUACACUUCACGAGAAACAGCUAAUUAUGCUGAGAGAUAUGAUAUCAGGAAAAUAUAUAAAUAUUUCAGACACAAUAUUGUUGUUUAAUAUAAGAACCCCGAGAAAAAUAUUUUUAGAAGAAAGAUCGGCAGUAUUAAAAUUUGUGAUCGGGACGAUUGUAAGCCAUGAGUGUAUCCAUAAUGGCACUCACAUUGGUGUCAUAAUUGGUUGGAAUCUUUAUUAUAAUCCAUCAACAUUAGGCAUUAAGGGUUAUAACACGUGCUCUUUUCGUCCAAACAUGAUAUGCAGAAAUUUGGCAUGUGCAGAUUCUACGUGUUCUACGCAUAAACCAUAUUAUGCAAUUUUUUGUGAGCAUAACAUAACUUGUUAUAUGGAACAAGAUAAAAUAUGGAAAUAUUAUAGCUCAAAAUGGAUCGAUCAUCAAGAAAUAGGACGAUUUUUUUGUAGAUAUGAAGGCAAUUAUUAUAUACCCAAUGAAACGCUAGCAAAAGAUUAUCCGUCCGAUGUCGCUAUAAUUAAUGAAAUGAGGCGUAAUCAAUAGUUUAUAUAACAUUAAAAUAUUUAGGAUAUAUUCACA